CUAGAAAAUAAAUAGAAUAUAAUAAUAAAUAAUUUACGACAAUAGUGAUUAUUCCCUUUGUCGCAGGAAAAUAAUAUAACCUUGUUAAUGGUAACAGUAGAAAAUCAAUGAAUGGGAAAAUCAAUAAAACAGGUUUGAUCGCGAGUGGCAAAUUUGAUGGUUCUCAUGCAUGUUUAACGGCGGCCACUUCGGCUGGGAAUGUUCUUGUUCACAGUCCUCAUAGAGCGUCUUCAGAAAAUUUUGAAGAUGCACAAUCCGUUGGUCGUUUAUCCUGGAGUGGAGAACUUGCAGAACUACACAUUGGCAAUCAGGUUACAGCAUUAUGCAUUGGACGACUUGAAGAAGAUGAGAGAGAAUUUCUUGUUGUUGGAACACAUACCCAUGUUUUGGCUUAUCAAAUUGAAGACAAUGCGGAUCUAUUUUACAAAGAGAUGCGUGAUGGAGUACAUAAUAUUACAACUGGAAGACUAGGCUGGAUAAAAUAUCAAGUAAUUAUUGUAGGAGGAAAUUGUUCCGUAACUGUGUUGGAUCAUGAGGGGAACGAGCUUUACUGGACAAUCGCGAGUGGUAUUGUGAGAGUAAUAACUGUUUUCGACUUUGAUGGAGAUGCUCAAAAUGAGCUGCUGAUUGGAACUGACGAUUCCGAGAUCAAAGUCCAGAAGGAAACAUUAGUUAUGUGGCAAGUGAAGGAAACUUCUCCUGUAUCAACACUUCUCCCUUUGCCUGGGAGAAAAUUUGCUUAUGCCGUUACGAACGGAACUGUAGGAGUCUACGAAAACGGUACCAGAAUUUGGAGAGGAAAGUCGAAGCAUAAAAUAACCUCGAUGAAAACUUUCGACAUUAAUGGCGAUGGUGUUUUGGAAUUAAUUACUGGCUGGACAAAUGGUAAAGUUGAUGCCAGAAUUUGUUCUACUGGUGAAAUUAUUUUUCGGGUACAAUUAAAUUCACCGAUAGCGGGAAUUGUCGAAGCUGAUUAUAGAAGAACUGGUAAAGCUGAUUUGGUCAUUGUAUCCGAAAGCGGAGAAGUACGUGGCUAUCUGGUGGGAACCAGUAUGGAUGUUUCCGAACCAGGUGAACUUUAUCGUCAACUUUUGUCCAAGAAGGAAGCACUCGAGGUUGAAAUUCGCCAAAGACUUGUUACUACACCUAAUCAAUUUUUGGGUUCCAAGUUGGCGGUUAGUUUAACUUCGACCAGGGGUGCUGUUCGUUUGGCUCUAGCGUCUGGACCCGGACUUGUGAUAUAUUGUGCAAUUGUAUUCGCAGAAGAAAUUUUCGAUGGCGAAACAUUUGUAGCUCAUCCUAGAAAACCGAACGGUGAAUUGGAAAUUGAACUUCGUCCACCGAAAGAUGGUCCUAUUGAUAUUCACAUGAAAACUUAUGUGGGAGCGCCUGGUUCAGAUUUAUUGCAGGUUUAUGAACUGAUGCAACAAUUACCAGCUUUCUGUAUGUACGAGAUUAUAAAUCCGGCUGAUGCAAAAAUCGAAGAUCUACAAGAUAUUGGUGUAACUUUCGAGACCGGAGAUAGACCACAACGAAUUGCCCUGUGGUUAAACAGAAGUUUAGCAAUUUCGGAAGAAUUAGAAAUAGCUGUCGAUGGUCCUAAUGCUGGAAGAUUAGAUCUCUGCUUACGGGGAUUGAGAGAUAAUAAAUUGCAUUUCUUGAGUGUAAACGCAAGCGGCAAAAUUAAUAUGUUAACAGAAGAUCCAACAUUUGCGGGCGAUGUUGUUCAAUCACUGGCAAAUUAUCUGGGAAUUGUGGAACUCACUUCAGAAGCGAAUUUUCCAGCCGAGGAAAAAAGAAUGGUGGAAAUUUUAGAACGCGUUAAAGAAUUAAAGGAAAUUGAAGUGAAGCUGCAAACGGAAGCGGCAGGAGUUACAAAUAUUCUAAAAGCCCUGAUGAUUCGUUUAGAGGACUCAAGAAUUCUUGAUGACUCUAAAGGUAUGAAGAAAAGAGUAACGCAACUGCAAAUGGUGGGAGAAAAUUUUAUGAGGGAGAAUGAGAUCAGGGACAACAAUUACAGGGAACUUACAUCGGCUCUAAAGGCAUUGAACACCGGUGUGCAGAAUGUUUCAAGAAUUAGAGUUGGAGGUGCUGCAACUAAUGCUAUUAAUCGAUGUAGAGCAGCAAUAAAGGAUGAAAACCCAAAGGCCUUAAUUCAUGCCAUUAGAAACGGCUAAGAAAUAAAACAAUUUAGAAGAAUUAUAAAAGCAAAUUGUUGUUUUGAAUUAAAGAUAUUGUUAAAAG